AUGUAUGUGAAAUGGUUUGAUACAGUAAUGUUUUACUAUGUGAUUUUAGUGAAUGUCACUUUUUGUCAUUUUCAAAUUUCCCGCCGUUCCGUCCCCUGUACGUCCCGACGUCGCAGGGGACGGAACCCAGAUGACAGAUGCCGGCAUCCGCCGGAUUACAUUGCUGGGGACACUGCAGGAGGGACAUCGUGGGAGCGCAGGACAAGGUAAGAGAUCGAGGGAUCGGGGAGCAGCGCCGCAUGGUAAGCCCGAGUGUAGCUCGGGGUUACCGCUUGUGCUACACUCGGGAAUACCACCAGGGAGGUUA